AGGAAGGUCUCGCGAUAACAGCCGAGAUAACGGAAAACGCCAUUUGAAGCACGUCGCGAGGGCACUGACCGACCGAGUGACCGUUAACCGGACUGUUCUUUCCGCUCCAAGCCGCUGUGUGUCCAGCCCAGCAGCAGGAUGGCAGAUGACCUGGACAUUGAAGAGAUGCUGGAUGCUCCCUACAGGAAGACUUGCCUAACGAUUUCUCACCUCUGCUCCCCUGACUGCCAGUGUGAUCUGUCACAGACAUGAAGGAUGAACCCAAGAACCUGAGCCCCAACGGAGAGGAGGAACGAACCAAGAAGAAGAAGCGCAGCCGCAGCCGUGACAAGAAGCGCAGCCGGAGUCGAGACAGGAAGCGCAGCCGCAGCAGAGAGCGUAAACGCAGCCGCAGCCGAGACAAGAGAAGAAGUCGCAGCAGAGAGCGCCGCGGCAGUAGAGAGAGGGGCGGCCGCUACCGAGACCACCACAAGCACCGGCGGCGGUCCAAGAGUAAGAGUCCCGUGAGGAAGGAGAAGAGUCCCGUCAGGCUCCCCGUAGAUACGCUGACUCCAGAGGAGCGGGACGCCCGCACCGUGUUCUGCAUGCAGCUGGCGGCCAGGAUCCGCCCCAGAGACCUGGAGGACUUCUUCUCCGCUGUGGGGAACGUUCGGGAUGUGAGGAUGAUCUCUGACAGGAACUCGCGCAAGUCGAAGGGCAUCGCCUACAUCGAGUUUGUGGAGGCAACAUCAGUUCCUCUCGCCAUCGGGCUGACGGGGCAAAGGCUGCUGGGAGUUCCCAUCAUCGUACAGGCCUCACAGGCGGAGAAGAACAGAGCGGCUGCAGCAGCUGCUGCCAACAGCCUGCAGAAGGGAUCUGCGGGACCGAUGAGGCUUUACGUCGGCUCUCUGCACUUCAACAUCACCGAGGAGAUGCUGAGAGGAAUCUUUGAGCCAUUUGGACGGAUUGAGAGCAUCCAACUGAUGAUGGACAGUGCCACGGGAACCUCUAAAGGUUACGGCUUCAUCACUUUUUCAGACGCCGACUGUGCCCAGAAAGCGAUGGAGCAGCUGAACGGCUUUGAGCUGGCGGGUCGGCCGAUGAAAGUUGGAAACGUGACGGAGCGGACCGACUCCUCGGCCUCGUUCCUCGACAGCGACGAUCUGGAACGCUCCGGCAUCGACCUUGGGACCACCGGACGCCUGCAGCUGAUGGCCCGGCUCGCUGAGGGUUCAGGUCUACAGAUGCCUCCAGCUGCCCAGCAGGCUCUGCAGAUGAGUGGAGUGAUCGCUAUCGGAGCCAUGGCUGCUGUGUCAGCUGCGAUGAAUCCGGGUCUCAACAUGAACUCUGGUGCGAUGAAUCUUCCCUCUCAGCCGCUCGCUACACACUGCUUCCAGCUCUCCAACAUGUUCCACCCCAACAGUGAGAAGCCUCCUGGCUGGGAGGUGGAUAUACAGCAUGAUGUCAUCGAGGAAUGUAACAAACAUGGAGGAGUCGUCCACGUCUACGUCGACAAAAACUCUGCACAGGGAAACGUUUACGUUAAGUGUCCGUCGAUCCCUGCCGCCAUGGCCGCCGUCAACGCUCUGCACGGCCGAUUCUUUGCCGGGAAGAUGAUCACGGCGGCGUUCGUCCCUCUGCCGGCCUACCACCACCUCUUCCCGGAGUCUGCCACAGCCAGUCAGCUGCUGGUCCCGCCCACUCGGCGGUGACUGGCCAAUCAGCUUCUGGCCCCGCCCAUGUGGUGGUGACUGGCCUCCAAUUGGACACUGGACCCUUUUAUACCCUGCUCUCCUAUUGGUCGACAGAGGAGUCGGUCUGAAGGACACCGCCACCGCGUGUUUCCCUCUUCCUGUUUCCUUUCGCUGUUUCUCAUUAGCAUAUCUGAGUAUCGACCAAUGAUUGAGCUCCGUGAGCUGCGAGGACGCCGGCUGAUUGGCUGGUUUGAAGCCGUUUGGUAUUUAAGUGUUUUGUAAUCAAGAAUUUGGUUUUGUAAAAGCCUUUAUUAAAUUUUAUUUUGAAGUCAU